UCUCAAUUGAAUCCACUGUGGAUUAUCCUUUUCUCCUUCGAACACAGUUGAAGCGGGAGAGAAUGCUGUCAUCGGUACCUCAGCAGCGUUCAUCUUCAAUCCUCAGCUUGCCGCCUAAUUCAAUUUCGCAGGCCUCCCUUUCUGCUUUCUCAUCUCAUCUCCACCAUUUCAACAGGAAAUUGACUGUGAAAAAGAAUUACCAAGGAAUUUCGAUUAAUUGUGCCCUUGCUAAAGUAAAAAAUUCACCUUUACCAAACCCUGACAUACUGGUCAAGGAGCGCCACAAAUACUUUGAUGAGGUGAUUAUCACGGUCCGGGCCGGAGACGGAGGCCACGGUGCCAUUCUCAAUCUGCCCAGCCAGAGCGGCUCUGCCAAGUCAGUAGGGAUAUUUGAUAAAGCAAGAACAAAGAAGAAGGCUUCGUAUAAGAGGGAUUUUGAUGGUUCACUUAUCCUUCCCGUGGGCGGGCAUGGUGGUGAUGUCGUGAUCUACGCGGAUGAGAGUAAAGAUACGUUGCUGGAGUUUCACAAGAAGAGCCGGUAUAAUGCUAAACGAGGUGGAAAUGUCGAUGCAAUGGGUGUUUUUUCUUCCCAAACGCGUAGUGGACUUGCUGCUCCUGUGCUUCGUAUUCCAGUGCCUCUCGGGACUGUUGUUAAGCAAAAAAGAGGAAAGCUUCUGGCUGAUUUAGCUCAACCAGGUGACGAAGUUUUGGUUGCGAAGGGUGGACAAGGAGGGAUUAGCUUGUUGGAAUUGCCAGAGCAUAGGAGGAAUAAGAUGAUGGAUUUAACCACUAAUAUACUGAGAGAUGACAAUGACAAGGUUUUAGCUGUCGGUCAGCCUGGAGAAGAAGUUAGUCUUCAGUUGAUACUAAGAGUUGUUGCUGAUGUUGGUCUUGUGGGACUCCCAAAUGCUGGAAAGUCUACCCUAUUAGCAGCUACCACACUUGCGAAGCCUGACAUAGCCGACUAUCCUUUUACGACCUUAAUGCCUAACCUAGGACGCCUUAAUGGUGAUCCCAGUUUAGGGGCUGGUCAAUUUUCAUCUGCGGCCACAUUAGCGGAUUUGCCUGGCCUCAUUGAAGGUGCUCAUCUUGGAAAGGGCCUAGGUCGGAACUUUUUGAGGCAUUUGAGGAGGACUAGGUUGUUGGUUCAUGUUGUUGAUGCAGCUGCGGAGGAUCCAGUGCAAGACUACAGGACAGUGAAAGAGGAAUUGCGCAUGUAUAAUCCUGAAUACCUUGAACGGCCGUACAUUGUUGUACUAAAUAAGAUUGACAUUCCUGAGGCAAUGGAAAGGCUUCCAAAUUUGACCGAAGAAAUAUGGAAGAUUGGAUGUGAUGUGGUGGAAUUGCAGAAUGAUGUUACAUCUCGAAGAGAAGCUUCUCAUUCGACCAGUGACAGUGACCAAAUAGAUACCGAUUCUCAGGAGAAGAAGGUGAAAACAAUUGAAGAAUAUCAACGGCCUUUGGCUGUUAUUGGUGUUAGUGUCUUGAAAAGUAUACGGAUCAACGAGAUGCUAAAGGAGAUAAGAGCGGCCUUACGCAGUUGUCAAUAAUAGGUCUAUUGAAUCACAAGAGAUUUUGCUGAAACACGACGAUAUAUUGAGAUCACAAGUGCAGCCGCUUCCUCAAGCUUGAUCGCAAGGCCCAAGUACGGAACACGGGUUCUGUUCGGGGCUCAGUCACUACUACGAGUGUUCCAGCAACAAAAUCUAUAUGGUCUUGUCAUGUGGCUGGAAUCAAUUCAUUUGAGUUGUAUACAUGUUCUCUUUUUUUAGAAACCUUAUAUAACUAUAUUAGUGUUUGUAUACUUAGUUUCAGAACAAAUGAAUUUUAUCUGUUAAAUUCCAUUUACAAUUAAAUUGCU